AUGCCAACAGCCUCCUACGCCGUCCUCGGAGCAACCGGCAAUACAGGCAGCGCCUUGGUCCAAAACCUGCUGCGCUCACCAGUUUCUCACAUCAACGCCUACUGCCGGAACAAGCUCAAGCUCCUGCGUCUCCUUCCUGAGCUCUCCGAGGCCCAAAAUGUGACUGUAUACGAAGGCUCCAUAAUCGAGCUCUCCUUGAUCACCGCAUGCAUCCGCAAUACCCACGCUGUAUUCCUAGCCGUAACAUCGAACGACAACAUCCCCGGUUGCCGACUGAGCCAGGACUCCGUACAGACGGUUCUGAGCGCCCUACAGCAAAUCCGAACUGAAGACGCAAUGGCAAGAAUGCCAAAACUCGUGCUCCUCUCUUCUGCAACACUCGACUCCCAUCUUUCCCACGCAAUGCCCUCAUGGUUCCUCCCCAUCAUGAAAACAGCCGCGAGCAACGUAUACACCGACCUUAUUAAAGCCGAGCAGAUGCUGCGCGCAAACGAGAGCUGGGUAACGAGUAUUUUCAUCAAGCCGGCUGGUCUGAGCGUUGACGUCCAGCGCGGCCAUAGGUUGACCUUUGACGAGCAGGAGUCGUUCAUCUCGUAUUUGGAUUUGGCGGCGGCGAUGCUGGAGGCGGCGGAUGAGACUGAUGGCAGGUAUGAUGGGCGCAAUGUCUCGGUCGUCAAUACGGGUGGCAAGGCCAGGUUUCCGUUGGGCACGCCGAUAUGUAUUGUGGUGGGACUGCUGAGGCAUUUCUUUCCUGGCUUGCAUGAGUAUCUGCCAACGACGGGGCCUGCUUUAGUGUAG